AUGGCUGAUCCGAUUGAUAUAAAGAAAGUGCCCGUUUCCCCGUUGGUAUUGUCCAAUGACUCCGACAAGGCUAUGGCGUCGAUUGCUCCGAUUCUCGAAGGGUUCUCUCCAAAGACCUCGUCCAGUGAGAACAAUUCUCAGAUGCACUUGCCUCCAGCUGCUAUCUCAGAUAAGAGCGGUACCGUUUCGCCGGUGCGUAAGUCUUCCAACUCGGUGACCAAGCUGCAACUGCCAAAGAUUGGUAAGAUUGGAGUCUGUGCUAUGGAUGCGAAGGUGCUCUCCAAGCCGUGCCGCCAGAUCCUCAAUAGGCUGAUCGAGAACGGUGAGUUCGAGACGGUUAUCUUUGGUGAUAAGGUGAUACUGGAUGAGUCUGUUGAGAAUUGGCCAACCUGUGACUUUUUGAUCAGCUUCUUCUCAAAGGGGUUCCCCCUUGAUAAGGCGAUCAACUAUGUUAAGCUGCGCAAGCCCUACAUCAUCAACGAUUUGGUGAUGCAAAAGGCCCUCUGGGAUAGACGAUUGUGUCUUGCACUGCUCAACAGUGCCGGCGUUCCAACUCCUGAGAGACUGGUGAUCUCCAGAGACGGCGGUCCGAGAGUUGAUGAUGAGUUGAAAGAGGCCUUGAAACAGAAGGGCGUUGACGUUCAGUAUACUCCCGAGCCUGAAUGGAAGAUGAUUGAUGAAGACACCAUCGAAGUCGAUGGCAAGAGGCUUUCCAAACCGUUUGUUGAGAAGCCGGUGGAUGGAGAAGAUCACAAUGUUUACAUCUACUACGCAAAGAAGUCUGGUGGUGGUGGCCGCCGUCUGUUCAGAAAGGUUGGUAACAAGUCGUCGGAGUUUGAUCCAAAACUGUCAACACCAAGAACUCAAGGCUCCUACAUCUAUGAGAAGUUCAUGGAUACAAACAACUUUGAGGACGUCAAGGCGUACACCGUGGGUCCUGAAUUCUGCCAUGCUGAGACCAGAAAGUCGCCUGUUGUUGAUGGUAUCGUUAGAAGAAACACCCAUGGUAAGGAAAUCAGAUACAUCACUGAGCUCAGUGAGGAGGAGAAAACCAUGGCAAAGCACGUUUCCAAUGCUUUUGCGCAGACGAUCUGUGGAUUUGACCUGUUGAGGGUUGGUGGUAAGAGUUACGUUAUCGACGUCAAUGGAUUCUCAUUCGUCAAGGAUAACACUGAGUAUUACGAUAGUUGUGCUAAGAUACUGAGAGAUAUGUUCUUCCAGGCAAAGAAGAUUAGAGAUGUUCACAAGCUGGUCACACAUGAAGCACCAGCAGAGGAGAAACAACAGAAAUGGAUCCUCAAGGGUAUAGUCACUGUGGUUCGUCAUGCUGACAGAACCCCAAAGCAAAAGUUCAAGUAUUCGUUCAGAUCACCAAUAUUCAUCUCCUUGCUGAAGGGAUACAAAGAAGAGGUCAUUAUUAGAGAAGUUUCUGACCUGGAAAUCGUCCUCAAAGCCAUCCGAAUCGCUCAAGAGCAGAAGUUGGAGGACCCAGCCAAGUUGGAGCUUUUGGCAAAUACGUUGUCAAAGAAACUGAACUUCCCUGGUACCAAGAUUCAAUUGAAACCUGUCCUGGAUAGCGAAAAUGAGGUGGAAAAGGUUCAGUUCAUCUUGAAAUGGGGUGGUGAGGCAACUCACUCGGCACGCUAUCAGGCCUCCGAUCUUGGUGAGCAGAUGAGACAAGACAUGGAGUUGCUGAACAAGGAUAUCUUGAACGACAUUCAAAUCUUCUCAUCCUCUGAGAGAAGAGUCUUGACAUCUGCCAACUUCUGGGCUCAGUCGUUGCUGGAUGGACCAGUUCCUGAAGGGCUGAUUCAAAUAAGAAAGGAUUUAUUAGACGACAGUAACGCAGCAAAGGAUUUGAUGGAUAAAGUGAAAAAGAGACUCAAACCAUUGCUUAGGGAGGGAAAAGAAGCACCACCACAGUUUACUUGGCCACCAAAGAUGCCCGAGCCUUACUAUGUGAUUAAAAGGGUUGUUGAGUUGAUGAACUACCACCAAAAGAUCAUGGAGUAUCACGUUGAACACGAUACAUUCGAUGAUAUGAAAUUAGAGUGGUGUUCUGGUGAAGAUCCAUCUCUAUUUGUUGAAAGAUGGAAUAAGCUGUUCAAAGAGUUCACCAACUUGGAGAAGGUUGACCCAUCGAAGAUUUCAGAAUUGUACGAUACAAUGAAAUUUGAUGCUCUUCAUAACAGGGAGUUCUUGGAGAGGAUCUUCUCGCCUGUGAGCUCCAUCGAGAAGCCAAGUAAGUCAACGUUGCUCAUUGAUGAGUAUCCAGAACACUUGAAGCUGUUCCAGGCUAGUGAGAUUCAAGCACACAAUCACUUCCUCUUUGAUGAUCAAAUCUUUAAAUAUUUGAGAGAGCUGUACAAGCUCUCUCAAGUACUGUUCGACUUCAUCUGUCCACAGGAGUAUGGUAUCACGCAAGCUGAGAAGCUCGAGAUUGGACUGUUAACUUCUGUUCCACUGGCUAGAAAGAUUCUCGGUGAUCUACACGAUAUUAUCAAAAACGACAAGCCUGGUAUGAUUGCCUACUUCACCAAGGAGAGUCAUAUGUACACUCUGUUGAAUAUCAUCUACGGUGGUGGUAUCCAACUUCGCAUCAACAGAAAUGACUUGCCUGAAUUGGACUAUCUGUCUCAGAUUAUCUUCGAACUGUACGAGGACGACGCUGGUAAGAAUCAUUCCAUCAGAUUCAAACUGUCUCCAGGGUGUCAUACGCAAGAUCCUUUGGAUGUUGAGUUGGAUGACAAGCACUAUAUUUCAUGUAUUCCAAAGAUCAGUUUGACAAAGCAUUUGGACUUCGAUCUGGUUACUCAAAAGAUGAAGAGCAAGUUCAAGAUCGUUUCGUUGCCAAAGAAGUUCACAGCAGUGAAUAUCUCUAGCCCAUUACAAGCUCCGAAAUGA